AAGAGCGCGAGCGAGCAGGGCGCUAGGAGCGAGCGGUGGCUGGCGACGCACCCAAGGCCAGGGCACUACUGCGCCCCGGCUCAGGGCUCGCGGCCCGCCUGCUACAGAACAAGCUGAGCGCCUGGCCACGGCCCGAUCCCCCAUCGGCCCCGAGCCCACCCCAGCCCAUCCUAGCCGAGCCCCUGCAUCCGCCUGCCGCUGCUGCAGCCGCAGCCGCAGCCGCAGCUCCAUCCCCAGCCCGGAACCCGCAUCCAGGCCGCCAGGAUGGACGUGUUCAUGAAGGGCCUGUCCAUGGCCAAGGAGGGCGUCGUGGCCGCCGCGGAGAAAACCAAGCAGGGGGUCACCGAGGCCGCGGAGAAGACCAAGGAGGGUGUCCUCUACGUCGGAAGCAAGACCCGAGAGGGGGUUGUACAAGGAGUGGCCUCAGUGGCUGAGAAAACCAAGGAGCAGGCAUCUCAUCUGGGAGGAGCCGUGUUCUCUGGGGCUGGCAAUAUCGCAGCAGCCACAGGCCUGGUGAAGAAGGAGGAAUUUCCCACCGAUCUGAAGCCAGAGGAAGUGGCCCAGGAAGCUGCAGAGGAGCCGCUGAUUGAGCCCCUGAUGGAGCCAGAAGGGGAGAGUUAUGAGGAACCGCCCCAGGAGGAGUAUCGGGAGUAUGAGCCAGAGGCGUAA